AUGGUGGUGGCGGAGCUGGAUUAUAUAGGUAAAACCGCCGGGGUGACCGGAAAGAUGGUCGGAGUUUCCAGUUGCCGGCGGGCUGUUGCAUCUUGCAUGAGCCGUGUUGUCAAGUGUUUGCUUCAAUGUCUCGGAGUGAAUCCUGUUAUUUACGAUAUUGAAGAAAAAGAUGAAAAUAUGGUAGUGGCGGAGCUAGAUUAUAUCGGUAAAACCGCUGAUGGUGACCGGAAAGAUUGUCGACGUUUGCAGUUUCCAGUGGUUUUUAUCGGAGGCGAGUUGUUUGGAGGAUUGGAUCGGAUUAUGGCAGCUCAUAUUAGUGGAGAAUUCAAUCCUGUUUUGAAACAAUCAGUGACCUUGUGGCUUUGA